GCGCGACCGCCGGGCCGCACUCGGUCUGCUGCUUCGCUCGGCGCAAAAUGUGUCACUCUCGGAGCUCCCUCCCCACCAUGACCGUCCUGCGGGCCCCGACACCCGGCCCCUCCACCAGCCCGGGACCCAGGAGGGGCUCCGGUCCCGAGAUCUUCACCUUCGACCCUCUCCCGGAGCCCGCCGUGGCCCCCGCAGCGCGCCCCAGUGUCUCCCGCGGGCACCGAAAGCGCAGCCGUAGGGUCCUCUACCCACGAGUGGUCCGGCGCCAACUGCCAGUCGAGGAUCCGAACCCAGCCAAAAAGUUCCUCUUUCUUCUGCUCACCAUCAUCUUCUGCCAGAUCCUGAUGGCUGAAGAGGUUGUGCCGGCACCCCUGGCCCCGGAGGAUGCCCCCAGCGCCGCGUCCCCCGCGCCUACCCCUGCCCCGGUCCUCGAGCCCUUUAAUCUGACCUCGGAGCCCUCGGACUACGCUCUAGAACUCAGCACGUUUCUCCAGCAACACCCGGCUGCCUUUUAACCGUGACUCCCCAUACUCCCAAAAAAGAACCUGAAAAAAUUAAAGAAACACCAGGUGUACCUGGUGCGCAAGAGCGUAUCCCAAAGUGGGACUCCGAGGCAACUCAGACUCAGAACACUACAGCGGAGACGCCCGCCCGCGCCUGGGAGGAGACAAGCGCGACACCCCGGGGCUGGGCCGGGUGCAGGAGAGCGUCGUUAAUUUAUUUCUCAGUGUUCCUAAUUAAUAUUUAUAUAUAUUUAUGUAUGUCCCCCCUAGGUGAUGGAGGGCUGUGUGUAAUAUUUAUUUUAACUUAUGCACGGGUGCGAGAUGUGCUCCCUUGCUGCAAAUGCAGAUCUCUUGGUAUUUAUUGAGCUUUAUGGGAUUGGUGGAGGCAGGGCGCCUAGAAAUGAGGGAGACAGCGAGAGGGAAUGGAGAAGACCUGGGUCCAGGAGGGCGCCCGGGCUGGGGGUCAAGGCCGGUGGUGGGUCGUAGGUUUAGCCGUUGACCCUCUCCGUCCUCCAGCAUCUCAACGCCGCUUGUCUAGUGUGUGAGGCUUCGGCGGACCGUUGGGAAUACGGUCCUUGGCCUUCGAUCUCUUCGAAGUUGCCCCCAGGGGGUGGCUGCGGGGUCGGGAGGCGGUGAGCUGUCAGGGGGCGGAGGUGGGGUCGUCCGGUAUGUUCUGUGAACACAAAUAAACUCGACUUACUGUCCGCA